UGGUGCCCAAUGACCUACCGGAAGUAAAAAGCUUCCUAUGCAUUUCUGGCUACACCGGAUAUGCAUUUUCUGGCUACACGAUAUAGCGGUAGCGUUUGCUUCAAUUCUUCUUGCUUCGUGAGAGCACAUCUGAGUGUUUGAAGGGAAACGUUUGGUUGUUAAGGUCUUCAAGGACAGAGAAUUCCUGUCGUCUUCCCUGGCUUUGGACUCGAACUUGAAGAUUUUUGUUUCUAGCAAACAUGUCAGAUGUCGAGUGUCCCAGUAAAAACUCAGAUAGAAAGAAGAACGAAGAAAACCUUAAUAUCAAGGAGGAACCGUAUGACCCUGACUUUGACGGCCCAAAUCAUUGUGCUCAAAACACAUCUUUUGUAGUAGGACAACGUACGGAGACAACCCUGGGAAAGAGGUCUCUCCGUGACGACCCUAACAGAACUAGUAAUACAAACAAUACAGGUACCACAGAAGCAGAGUGUGAGCGAAGUGCCUCGUCUACUUUCCCCCUGCUUCCGAAGGUCAAAUCAGAACCGGGUUCAGAAUCAGAAAAGUGUGAAAUUGUUUGCGCCAAACCUAAGGAGGAGCCGAAUAAUGUUAUCCUUAGCUGUGCUCUGCUGUACUCUGCUGUGCAUCGUAACACUGACAGUGGAGCCGGACCUUGCAGAGAUGGUGUGCAGAUGAUACAAAAAACUAUGGAAGACAAUAAGGACCCACCUCUGUGUAAAGCAAUAAAAUGCCAUGAUGAUGGUAAUGAAGAUGGUAAAACUGAAAUCCCAUCAUUUGGAGGAGAGGGCCAAGAUGAAGAACAAGCUCCAUUCAAGAGGUGGACCGUUACAUCUUCACAUCUUGUGCCUGUAAGGGAAACCAAGAGCCACACAACUCAAACAAGUUUGGUACAAAAAAACCUUGACAUUGGCGCCCAGUCGUCACCAAAGGACGAAGAUGAAGAGGAUGUCAAUCUGUCCUUAUUAGAGGCAGGAAGCGGGACAUCAUGUGACCUUCACAUGUCCUUGGGACAGGUCAAACGAGGUCAUCAAGAGUCUGCUGUUGGUGCCAAUAAAAGGCAAAAACAAGGGAAUGUCACCACACCAGGGAAUACAGUUGUGAAGCAGGAGUGUGAAGAAAAAGACAAUGCAGAGAUAAGUAAGGUUGCCUCUAACAAUGAAACAGCUAUGAUGUGUGAUCUCUGCUCGUCAACUUUUGCCAGCAAGAUUCUGUUAGAGAACCACCAGUGUAGGGAAGUCGUCUACUUCUGCAAGAUUUGUUCCUUGGAAAGCAACAGACCGUGCCCGCCCGUCCUGAUGCCGCUCUCCGAAGCUGAAGAACACUUCUACCUGCACUUUCAUCCGUGGUUAGCGAGCGAAAAGAUUGAGUCAGCAGUUACUAGUACUACGAAGAUUGGCACGCAGAUAUUUCCUAGUAAAUUUGGAACAAGGAAAUACACCAGGCCGGGUAGCCAGAUAUCGUUCAACUUCCAGUGUAGGCUUCCCGAAGAGCUGCAAGGGAAAACAUUGAAAAUAAAUCGCGAGGAGGUGGAUCUACUGAAGGGUAUUUACAUUGGGACAUUUCUUUCCGAAGUGGACGGUAGGUAUCAUUGUGGUUUAUGUGAUGCGAACUUCAGUACUAUGAAUGGUAGAGCGGGACACGUUUCCAAAGUUCACUUGGAAAACAAGACCCGAAACUGUGGCGGGACAGGGUGCGAGAAGAUAUCAUACUCGACGUUCCAUCAAGCCAAGCUUUUCCGCCACAUGUUUGCGGCGCACUGUGACUUAGUAAUGGCACCAUCGCCAUAUCUGAAGUGUAAGUUUUGUGCGAUGCAGUUUUGUGACAGAACAGACUUGGAGUGGCACUUCUACCAUCACAUGCAACCGACCGUGAGCUUUCGAACAGACGCUGGGAAACCGAAGCCGGGUUGGCCGCGGAAGGAUUUAAAGUCCAAAUAUGCUAGUGGUAGUAAGGCUCAGUUUAAAUGCACCAUGUGCACUUUUGAAUCUAUCCAAAGUUCAAAGGUCCAACUGUACACAGCUGCUGAGGCACGUGACCACUUAGCCUGGCACUGGCUGACUCAACUUCCACCAGAAAUCCGGAAGAGUCCAAACAUUUUGAACUUCGAGAUAAGCUCAGACUCCAUCCAACGCUUGUACAUGAUCCCGCACGCUCCCAAAGCAAACAUCACUUGCGAGUUUUGUGGUCAGACUUUUACUGCAAGUAGCACGCACACACAUAUGUCACACUGGCACAGAGAUUACAUCAGGAAACCUCACCGCUGCAUGUCUCCAGAGUGCAAACAUCUACAGUUCAUAACGAAACAGUCCUUCUUCGGUCACAUGUUCUCGCAGCACGUCAGCGUUAUCAAACGGGAGACAUUCGUGUUUUUGUGCCAGAUCUGUGGGAAGACGUUUGAGAACCGAAGUAAGGUGGAGUGGCAUUGCUAUGUGCACAGAGUUAGGCCGGCAGUAUCAUCCAGGAAGGGGAAUGCAAAAUGAACAAUUGACUCAACUUGCUACUAAACACAUUGUAUCCAAAACCCGUAUAUUCAAAACCUGUAAACACAGACCUGUUGUAACUGCUGUAUCGAAGCACCUAGUAUUAUCUGAUACUAGAGUAUAGAAAUAGGUUGAAUAAACAAUGGCUCACAAAUAGU